AUGGACAUCGACCGACUCGUCGCGGUGCUGGACGCCCUCGGAGCGGCCGUUGAUGCGAUCGAGGUGUGCAUAAGCACAUGGGAGCGCGAGCUGCGCGACGAGAACACACUGACGGAAGCGCAGCUGCUCGAGGCGAUCACGGCUCGGUAUGCACGCGCCCGCGACGAGGCCAAGGCCAACGUCUAUGCUUCGUUCGGGUGCUCGGCGAGCGAGGUGGAUGGCGCAAUCGCUGCUUUUGGCGCCAACAGCAAAGUCAUGGCUCGUCUCAACCGUCUGCGCGCCACGACCCACCCCGAGGACGAGAUGCCCCCGGCACUGACCAAGGCGCAAGUUCUGGCCAUCGUCGCCGAGACCCUCGACACGUUCGCCGCGGCGAUGGAAGAAGCAACGAGCGAUGCCAAGAAGCUCGGCAAAGCCGACUCCGCAGAGGACGAGCGCGCGUGGACAAAGGCCAUCCACGCGCGUGCCAACCACAAGCUGGCCAAGAGCGUUGCCGACGGCGCUCUCUUAUUGGCUGCAAUUCGCGCGUACAGCGUCGACGCGGCCUUUGUGGAGCAGCUGCAGGCGCUGCAGGCCGCGCACCAUGCAAGGUUUGCCAACGAAGUUGGUUGGCUGGAACGUUCCGGCGCCGCGUAUGCGUUCUGA